GAUGGGUUCCACCCUGGACAAAGAAUUUCCCCUCCAAAGAGUUUUCCACAAUGUUCCGGAGAUUUUGCGCUCGACUCAAAUCCACAAAGCCAGAUCGACAUGCCCGUGAGAAGCAUGGCGACCAGUCCCAGCCCCCGAGCACGAACGACGACGACCGCAUCGCCACGAGGACCGAUCAUAGUGUCUCUUCCCUGGACGAGGCAAGCACCGAUAAUUCCCCAAGAAGAAAUCUCUGGGAGGUGGCCGGAGAGAGAUUAGACAAGAAACACCGCGAAAUUCUGGAGCAGGAAAGCGCUACCCACAUCACGGACGCCAUCAAGGGCGUUAUCGAAACAACAGAAGAGAAGUACCGCGAGUAUAAGGAAGGUGGGCUCAAGAUCCGCAAGCGCGAGGGGGGGCAGAUCGACGUCCGCGAAACCGCCAAGAAUAUCAUUCUCUAUGCAUUGCAGGCGCAGGAGCUUGUCAAGGCAUUGGUGUCGUUUGAUCCGACGGGCCAUGCUUCAAGUGCAUGGUCUGUCGUUUCAUUUGGCCUGACAUUGAUACAAAACAAUUUCCAACGUCGGGACGACAUCUUCGAGGCAGCCGAUCGGGUGGAAAGCAAUCGAGGAUUGGAAGACGCUCUAGUGGAAGUCUACAUAGCAAUUCUUCAGUACACGGCAGAGGUCAAAGAGGCAGAAAAAGAAAGUAAAGCUGAUCGCAUCGUCAAAAGCUUCACGGCCCUGAUUCAACAGCCGCUCAGGGAUCUCAAGAAUACUAUCGAAAGCAAAGCGCAGGCAGUUCAGAAGUGGACAAGCCUUACGGAAGAUCUAGACCGCAAGAGAGAAGCCGAAAGCAUACUAGACGGGAUUGAUGAAGCGGUGGAAAAGCUGAAGGUUAUCCAAUCGCACACCAGAAGCAUGCAAGAUCUAGAGAUCCUCGAUUGGUUGUCCACGGCAUCCUACUCCGAUUUCCAAAACAAUACCCAACACCCCCGCGCAUCAAACACGGGGGAUUGGUUUCUCAAUUUACCCGAAUACAAAGAAUGGAAGGCCACGCCCGGGAAGAUUUGUUGGCUGUAUGGAGCAGUCGGAUGCGGAAAAUCGGUUCUCUGUUCUACAGUCAUUCAAGAUAUUGAGGAACACUGCAAGCCUGUUUCAUCACGGCAGUUUGCCUACUGGUACUUUCAGUUCAGCAAUGACGAAACACAGAAGGUGUACAAUAUGAUCAGGUCCAUAAUACGACAGUUCAUGCCAAAACCACUCCCUGCAUCUAUGGUCAAACUAUGGGAAGAGCAUCGCCAUCGAGGCAGUAACCCACACCAGAAACAGUUCGCAGAGAUUCUCAAGUUUGUAUUGGAAGCCUCUGAGGGUCAGUUCUUCCUCAUCCUUGAUGCUCUGGAUGAGUGCCCCGCGAAGAACGGCGAACGGGGAUUGCUUCUGCCAUUUCUAGAAGACCUAUUGAAAAAGCAUCGAACUAAACUGCAUAUUCUGGCUACCAGCCGACCAGAGCCUGAUAUACGCUCAAGGCUGGAACAAUAUCAAAGCGUGAAUCUAGAGGCUGGAUUGGCGAAAGAUGUGGAAACUUUUGUCCGGGCUCAAGUCUCCGACGGCAGGUUGAGUGCAUGGGACGACUCGAUAAAAGAGCGGACCUUAGAGAAAUUGCUUGAAAUUCCAGAACGGCGCUUUCGCUGGGCUGAUUUACAGAUCAAGCGGCUUCAAGAGUCCAAGACCGAGGAUGCAUUCUUCAAGGCUCUUAAUUCCAUUCCAGUUACACUCGAGGAUACCUAUAGAGAUACCCUCGAAAGGCUCCCACCAGAUGAUCGAAAGGCAGCUCGCACAAUCCUGAUUUGGCUGAGUUUCUCUGCCGUCCCGCUGGAUCUGAAGACCGUAGCAGCUGUUGUAUCUUUCCGGUUUCCAGAAGACGUUGUAACGACUUGCACUACUUCCUUGGUCACUGUGAGCAUCUCUGAUGAUACUGUCAAAUUGGCCCACUUCUCUGUGAAAGAGUUUCUAGUUUGCAACGAAAUCGAGGGUCAAUGGUAUCAGUUCUCGACCCUAUCUGGUCAUGAUGCUAUUGCAAAUAAAAGUAUCGACUCUCUGCUGGAAACCAUCGAUAUUCUCACAAAGACUACUGCCGUUCAACGCCCACUACUCAUUUAUGCUGCAAAAUACUGGCAUCAUCAUUUGGCAAAAUUAGGAGAUCUACACGCCAGGAGUACCGGUCUCCAGGAGAAGGUUGAUCAUCUGUUCACCGAGCGCGAUGUUUAUUUCAACUGGGUGCGCUUGGAACAGUGCAAUUGGGAUAGCACUUGGCUUCGAUCAUCGGAGGAACUAGACCCGCCUCUAUUCAAUGCAUCACGAAGAGGAGUGAAACCAACAGUCGAAAUGUUGCUUGCAAAAGGCGCCAGUUCACUGGGAGCCAAUUAUGAUGGUUUGAACGAUGCAUUAUCCGCAGCCGCGGCAGAAGGUCACUUAGAGAUCCUGGAGUUGCUGCUGAACAACAUGGACGAGAUACCCCGAAACGCUGAUAGAGAGAAGUUGUCGGUCAUUUUGAACCUACUUUGGGACAAGGGCGCUUUGCACGACCAAUCAAGAGCAUCGCAUAGGAUCAUCGAUGAGAGCCUGGUUGAAGCUGCAGCUAGGAAUCGGCACCGCUUGGGCUAUAUACUAAUGGACCGACUCUUGGAUCAAAAAGAGAAAAUGGGCGUCAAGAUAACUGAAAAGGUGAUAAUAGCGGUGCUGAACAAUGUCAACUGUGGUGCAGAAAUCAUGAACCUACUUCUCAAUAGAUGUGUUGAGGAUAUAAGGCUUACCCCAUCAUUGAUGCAGGCGCUGCUUUUCGCAAACAAUACUGAUGCCGCGAUUACUGUGCUGAGUCGGCAGGUGAAUAAUUUCGCUUUGGACGAGGAGAGUCUCGGAGCCCUUACAAUUUGUAACGAAGAAGUGUUAGAGAUGCUUUUUCAGAAGCGUGGCGAGGAUAUAUGUGUCACCCAGAAAGUCUUGAUCACAGCCGCCAAGUUUGCACGCGAUUUGCAAGCAGUGAAGUUACUUCUAAACCGGCGAGAGCCUGGAACAGACAUCAACAAAGAGGUUCUUCUAGCCGCUGCACAGAACUUUCCAGCAGGCGAUGAAAUCAUGGAUUUGUUGCUUGACGAGUAUGGACAAGACGCUGCCAUUGAUGAUGAGAUCAUCCAGGCAAUUACAAGGAAUGAAGUUGAAGGUUUGGCAAUGAUAAAGACGCUUCUGCGCAGACAGCCGCCGGGAUUUGUGGUCACCGAACAGGUACUAUGCAACGCUGCCAAAUUCAAUGGUCGGGAAAUGCUGGAGCUCUUGGUGAGCAAUGCUAGUGGCUCUAGUCCUCCUAUCACAAGCAGGAUUUUUGGCUGUGUGGCCCAUAACCUUUUUCAUACAGAAGCCUUGCUGAACUACCUAUUUGAUCUUUGUGGACACAGACUUCCCGUCUCAGAAGAUUUGUUGGUUUCACUUGCUGAUGAGAGCGCCAUCAACUCGGAUCAUGUGCUCACAUUCAUAUUGGAGAGAUGGCCCGAAAUUCCUGUAACUGAUCGAUUGUUCGAAGCGGCAUGUUGUAUCCCUGACGCCCUGGGGUUGCUAUUGGAUCGACGGCAUGAUUGUCUUCCAAUUGAAACAAUGAUUCAGAAGAUAACAGAAGACCAAAGACACGAUGGAUUGGCACUAGAGGUGCUUCUCGAUCGGCAGCUUGUGGAAGUGACCGAGUGGCUGAUCAUUCUUAACAGGAAUCCGGAGUUACCAGUGACACCGAGAAUAGUCGCCAGCGCAAUGAAGGACAAGAACCAAGUCUUAAUCACUGAAGAAAUGAUCAAAGCUUCGUUGGAUGCAUUUCGCCCAAGCGACAUUAUAAGCUUACUUCUGACCCGCCUGGGACCAGAGGCAGUGCCAAUUACAGAGGAUAUCUUGAUAUGUGCUGUUCAAAAAGGCGAACUCAAGGCUCUAGAGCUGUUUUUAAAACAACAUCGUGGCCUCAAUCUUCGUGCAGUCUGGGAAGCACUGUGGCAGGAUCUUGAGAUUGACUCAUAUUCUUUGGCUCGGUCAGCAAAUGCCCUUUUCCAUUAUGCCAAUUUCGAUGUCUCGGAUAAAAUGCUGGAGAGGUUAUCAUCUAGGCAUUUUGACGACUUUAUCCGCUCAUGUAUGCAGCAUCGGAUACCACUACCCACCACGGAGGCAGCAUUCGAGUUGAUCGUGGAAAGGUCGGAUUUGAACACCAUCGAUAUAUACUUGGAGAAUCACCCUGACUUCCCUAUCACUGAGAGGCACUUUCAAGCUGCUGAGAGGAAUUCACGAAAAUACAUAGACAAAGACGCUUUGCGGUCGCUCCUCACGGCCAAGUCAAGUUUAUCUUGA